AUGUCGUUCACCAAGGCGUUUCCCCCUGCCUUGCGUGAAAUUCGUAUUCUUUGCUCUCAAACAGGCUCAGCAUCAGCUGGUACACGACAGUUCAUCCUCAACCGGUACCCUACAAUUAAAGACCUCAAUCCUGAUCUUCCGGUCUUAAUUAGAGAAGCCAAAGGUACUCCCGCCAGAAUUUUCGCAAGAUUUGAGAGAGGUGUAGAGAAGCAUGUCGAGCUGGAUAAUCUAUCGGCUAGCGACGUAGAAACGAAAGUUGCUCAAUUAUUGUCGUAA